GUUUGGAUACAACGGAUUGGGGGAAGGACAACACCAAGGGUGUCAGCAAGUUCUGGAAGGAGAUAAAGCUGAAUGAAGCUGCGUUGGAGCUUUGGCGGGCUGCAGAUGGCAAUCUCCUGCCAGUGCGAACUACGCAUGUCCUUCGCGCGAAGGUAACUUCUCCCGAUAGAUAUGAGCGCGGCAUCUUCCUCUUCAACACGUGGCAGCAGUAUGGAGACGGCCGCACACGCACCCGAAAUGGCCUCCUGUCGGAGAAGUUAACGACAGAUGAGAUGCCUCUGGAGGAGAAUCUCCUCGAGGUGUGCCGGCGGGCCGUGACCGAGGAAGAGAUGCAACGUGUGGUAGAGUCGACCAUGAAGAUCAGCUUGGGUAGGGCUGCGCCGGAGUACGAUCCAUCUUAUACCUGCCCUCUUGAGGUGGUCAACGCCCAUUUCGUGGACCACAUCAUCGAGCUUGAGAAAUCCAAGAGCUAUCCGGGACUGCUAACCAUGUACCACCUCUACACAGUGGACAUCAUCUGCACUGGGCUGCCACUGACGGAUCUGAACACAUUGGAGUUUGAGCACCCAGACAAGGAUGGCAAGCGCAAGCUCAAGUACAUCCAUGCGUGGGUGUGGCUGGAGUGGCCGCAAAUUCAGCGCUACCUCUUUGAGGGCAGCGAGCUAAAGGAGACAAAGCGAAAAGGCUCCUUUGCCAACGCAGCUGCGUUGACUACUUGGCUUUCGCAGUUCGACUUGAAGAUGGAGAAGUGGGGCAAAGGUACCCUCAAGUCCGUAGAGGCCUUGUUCAAGGAGAUCGAGAAUGAGGACUCCCAGCUCGAGCUUUGGGGUCGGCAUGACGGGGUGCCCAUGCUCAUGCGGGUGACCCACGUGCUACAGCUGCGCGUGACUUCGCCGGAGCCGAGCCUCAAAGGUAAGUUCCUAUUCUCCACUUGGGCGGAGCUGCUCAACGGGAAGCGGCGCGUGACGCACACGCUGCCUGCUAUGAAGCUAACGCUGAAGGACAUGCCCUACGAUGAGGAGAAGUUCAGGGCAUCUGCUUCUGCAUUGGUCACGGAGCAGCUGGGUCAUGUUGUGGACAUCCACUACCG